AUUAAUAUCUAUUGAACAAAAAAAGCAAGAAAAAUAUUAUUUGUUACACUAGUAAUCAGGAUUUAAUAAUUAUUUCAUAGUUAACAUUGAAGGAUAUAAAUUUGUUCGCGAAAUUAAGGAACCGCAAGUAAUUAUUUAUCUUUUACAUAACAUAAAUAGCUACAUAAACAUAACUUGCAAAUCUACUAAUGUAAAAUUGUAUUUUGUCAAUUUCUUAUAACCUGUAAUUUACAACAAAAUGUCAUCACUAAAAACUGUUUGGGAUUACAUGUUCUCACCAAAAUUAAUUAAAAUUUAUGGUAAUGGGCCUGUAGAGAAAUUUUAUCAACCCAGCACACUUGAAAAAUGGGGCGACCAAGUUAUAAAUUCGUUAUACGUUAUAUGGAAAUUUGGAGUUUACACAUCACCAUUUCUUGUGGGAAUUCUCUACCAGAGAGGGUAUUUUGAACCUGAAGGAUUAAUCACGUUAACCAAGCUUGUGACGAGUGUAGGAGUAAUUUUAGUUGUAUCAUUCUGCUUCAGGGGAUUAAGCCGGUCCCAAAAUCCAACUUAUCAAAAUUUUUUUUCUACCUUGAAAGAUGCCCAGGAUAAUAUGACGCCUGCAGUAAAACAACGACUAAAUAUGUAUGAUUUCGAUUUUGCUGCAUGGCCUGUCGAGUAUACACCUGAAAGUAACAAUGUAUCUAGACAACGCCUUUCUGUUAGAAAAUCAGCGUCCCACCACAGCCUUGUACAGUACGUUAUAAAUAUCCCUUAUAAAAUUAUAUCGUACGUAGCUAUCCAUACUUUUGGUAUCAGGUUAAUUUAUCCUGGUACAAUCGGAUUCUUUCAAGUAAUAUUAGAACAAAGUUUAUUACAAGGGAGGUCCAGAUUAAUAGAGCUUUAUAGAGGAGAACGUUUCAAAAUACAGACAGCAGACAACAAUGAAAUAGAUACAAUGUUUAUUAACAGGAGGAACGCCUCGCCUAACGGCAACACCCUGGUUAUUUGCUGUGAGGGUAACGCGGGAUUUUACGAGAUUGGUAUAACGGUAACGCCUAUAGAGGCUGGGUAUUCUGUACUGGGGUGGAACCAUCCUGGAUUUGCAGGCAGCACGGGGAGGCCGUACCCUUCCCAAGAACAAAACGCAAUUGAUGCCGUAAUCCAAUUCGCCAUUAACAAACUGGGAUUCAGACCGGAAAACAUUUUAAUGUUCGGAUGGAGCAUCGGAGGGUAUCCUGCGACCUGGGCUGUUAUGAAUUAUCCCGAAAUUAAAGGAAUUAUUUUAGAUGCUACGUUUGACGAUAUUUUACCACUAGCCGUAAACCACAUGCCUAGUUGGUGGGAACCGAUCGUUAAAUUAGCAAUUCGUGAAUAUGUAGACCUUAAUAUCUUUGAACAACUUUCUAAAUAUUCGGGACCAGUAUCAAUGAUAAGACGUACGGAAGACGAAGUGAUCUGUCUUAAGGAGAACGACCUGUCGUCGAACCGUGGGAAUCAUUUAUUGGUUAAACUGCUCCGUCAGCGGUACCCGUGUAUUUACGAUGACACUCAAACAAAUUUAUUGUUUGAUUAUUUGUCAGGCACACAAGGAUCCCAAGGUUUGGCUUCGAUGAAUUGCAGUUGUUACAAUUUUUAUUAUUUUUAUUUUAUUUUUGUAGACGACCUCUUCAAGAGAUAUUCUAUUGACGAGAACAUGUGCCAGUCUUUGCUGCAGUCUUAUAUAUCGGAAUAUUCGAAGAGUUACCCGAUGAGAAUCGGUGAGGAAUUCAGCAGUCACGAGAAGACGAAAAUGGCAAUGUUUUUGGCCAGGAAGUACAUGAAAGAUUUCAAGUCGACCCACUGCGUCAGUUUGCCUUCGGAGAUGUUUGAACAGCCGUGGGACGUGAACGUCGAGUCUGAUUUUAUUUUCACAUGAAACUGGUCCGUCGCUUAAGAAAAGAGAGUUAAAGAGAGCGGGCGAGUCGGUAGUUUUGUACUUACAAUUAUAAAUAAAAUUGAGAUGGACCAUCUAAAAUUGGAAUUGGAAAUAAUCGUACCGCUAUAAAUAUGGUGAAUUUAUAGAGCACAUAAUUUAUUAUUAUUAGGUCUGAACAGGCAUAUUUUGGUGUAGUUGUAAUAAAUUAAUUGUAUAACUUGUUUUCAAAAUAUAUUUAUUAUUCAUUCAA